UUGCAUGUGUCAAUUACAAAAUCAAAUAGCUGCGCAGGUCAUAAAUUCUCUACUUCUAAAAUUCUAUACUGUCAAUCAGAAUGACUUAUCCAGAAGCCGAAACAAAGCAGAAUUAAAUCGUUAGCACGGUUACCACUGAACUGAACGUAUCUCCAUUUUGUCAAAAUGGUAGAAGGAAUGUGUGUUUAUGACGCUCAAUAUGGCGGCGUUCUUAGUAGUAUGUAUUAAUUGCGUCAUAUAAUGUUCACAUUUAACGUUGUAAGCAGUUUAUUAAACUGAUAACACAAAUCUGAUUGCAAAACUCGUUAAGGUAUCAGAACUUAUUAAGCUCCUGUACAGUUGGUCUUAAAGUUGUCAGGGCAGCAGUCAGAUAUGUCCGGUCCACAUGGUAAAGUACGAGGUGCAGGAAGACCUUCAAAGAACAAGAUAUCGUGUACCUGGUGCGGGGAAAACAAACAGCCCUUGAAGUAUGUGUUACCUACUCAGCAUGGCAAGAAGGAAUUCUGUUCCGAAACCUGCUUGUCAGAAUUCAGAAAGGCAUACAUAAAGGGUGCCUGUCUUUACUGUGACAAUGUUAUUCGUGGUACCCCGGUUCGAGUUGAACAGCAGGAUUCAUCUGCAAAGGAUUUCUGCAGCACCUAUUGUCUCAACAAACACACGAAAAAGGAACAGGCAGCUCAGCUCGCGGAACAGAAACGAGUGGGCAGCACUGAACAGCGGUCUCUUGGUGCAACCUCUUCUCAAGUCUCUCCAGCUUCUGUGAUGCAGUUUGACUCGUAUACAACUUUUGACUGGGAUGUAUAUUUGAGGGAAACAAACAGCGUGACUGCUCCACCAGAGUACUACAAGCAGCAUAUAACUCCUCCAACAAAUGAAUUCAAGAUUGGAAUGAAAUUAGAGGCCUUAGAUCCAAGAAACCUAACCUCAACAUGUAUUGCAUCUGUUGUUGGAAUUCUUGGCCCAAGACUAAGGCUCAGACUUGAUGGAAGUGAUAACAAGAAUGAUUUUUGGAGGCUUGUGGACUCAAAUGAAAUACAUCCCAUUGGCCAUUGUGAGAAACAUGGUGGAAUGCUUCAGCCUCCUUUGGGGUUCCGAAUGAAUGCAUCCUCAUGGCCAAUGUUCCUUUUGAAGACACUGAAUGGUGCAGAAAUGGCUCCAUCAAAAAUAUUUAAAAAGGAACCCCCUACACCAAAAACUAACUUGUUUCAAGUAGGGAUGAAGCUUGAAGCAGUAGAUAAAAAAAAUCCACAGUUAAUCUGUGCUGCUACUGUCGGAGCUGUUAAGGGCGAAAUGAUUCAUGUGACAUUUGAUGGAUGGCGAGGAGCCUUUGAUUAUUGGUGUCGGUUUGACUCUCGAGAUAUCUUUCCUGUUGGAUGGUGUGCUAAGAGUGGACAUCCCUUGCAGCCUCCUGGGCAAAAGACUGCACAUGGUGCUAGCCGGUACAAAGCAAGAGUGUGCAAUAUUCCACCUCCUCUGGCUGGGGUGGGUGGCACUCCCGGCAGCAUGGAACCACAACAGUUGUCACCAAGAAGUGCUGGGACAGCUGCAGCUAGUGAGGCAAGUUCAACAAAUGGUGGUACAGCAGGCAUCACUGUGACUGAACCGGACACAUCCACAAUGCAAAAACAAGCAGCAGUAUGUGUAUUUGUAAACCAUGGCUGUACCUGUGGUCCGUACCUUGAUCCACGGAAGGUUGCUGAUCUUCCAGUGGUUUUCAAUGGGAAAAGUAUCAGCCGAGUACUGAGAGAGAGUGUACAGUCACUUGUUGAUGCUGCACUGGAUCAAAAGCAGAUAUUUGGAUUACUGAGACAAGGAGAAGGAAGAGUUGUUAUUACAGCAUCAUUUGACAGUAAAACUGUACAUGUGAGGCUCCCUGUGAUAGAAAAGGUGGCUGAAUUAUGGAAUUUCCUAGAGAUUUUGUUUGAAGAAUUGAUGUGCUGUGAAAACUUCUACACAAGUCAGCACAUGGUUGGUGCCUGUUCAAAGUGCUCAAAACAAGGAUUACAACCUGUUGCCAGUAAAAAGGAGGAUUGUGAAGUUAGUGGUGGUGGAGGUUCGAUGACAGAUAACAGUGGAGCCAUGAAGCGCAGAUGGUCCUCUGAGAGUUCAGACUCAAAUUCACGGCUGGGUCCAGGCCCUAUUACUACAACAGCACCUACACCUUCACCUUCACUCCCAUCAACCACAGCCCCCGUGGCAAAACAGCCUAGAAAAUCAGUGCCAGCUGAAUUGGAGGCCGCAACAUCCACGACACACUCUGAAGCUCCUCCAAAGACACCAGCAGAUCCAUCUGAAUGGUCAAUUGAGGAUGUUAUUCAACAUAUUGCCUUCAUUGAUCCUGCACUGGGGGUCCAUGCAGAUCUCUUCAGAAAACAUGAGAUUGAUGGUAAAGCUUUGCUUUUACUUAACUCGGACAUGAUGAUGAAAUACAUGGGCCUAAAACUGGGUCCUGCUCUCAAGAUCUGCAAUUUGGUGAACAGAAUUAAAGGACGGAGACAUCUGCUGUUAUGACAGUGAACUGUGCCUUCACCCAGGAAGGUGUAAAAUCAACAAUUUGUGAUACGUAAGGUAGGUAAAAUAAUACUGUUACAAUGUGAAUAUUGCAAGACAAAAUCAGAAGUUAACUGUAGUAGGAAGUCCGUAUUGAAUUGCUGUGGGUGCAAGUUCAGUUCUUUACAUUGAGAAGGAUGAAAGAAGAGCUUAUUUUGGUACAUCUAUGAUAAGUGGAAAGGCCCAUUCUGUCUGAUCUGUGUAUGAAUGAUUUCUUUCACUUUAGUACCCAAAAAUUGACAAGUUUAAAUUGCUUCUUAUGUUUUGGUUCGUAUUUUGCAAGAUUUUUAAAGAUAUAUGAAUUAUUUAAUUCAGCUCUUCUAUACAAGGUGUAAAUAAACAUACGUUACAACUCUCUGUGGUAGAUAGAUGGGUUCAAUGUGAUCAUGUGAGUUCAACAUAACAUGGCCAGGCAGUGCAGAAUAUGCAGUUGGCAGCAGCCAUUUUGAACAACUUUUAUGAUGUAAAACAACGAUAACAUCCCCUAAAACUUAUGCUUCCUCUCAGAAACUUUUGUGACCCUUAGUGCAGGAAGGAAGUGUUUCUUGACAUGGUUGUAUUAACAAAAUAUCAGAUUGAACCCAUCUAUCUACCACAGAGUGUUGUAACAUGUAUUUAUGUACAGCCUGUAUAUUGUUGCUUUGUUUUGAGAGAAAAAUUUUACAAGCUGCACUGUGUAUUCAGCAAAGCACAGGCUCUUUGAGUUUACUGUAUUUUGAACAGACAUUGAUAAAGAUUGAUUUAAUGCAGUAAGUUUAUAACAGUAUUGUUCAUUAAUUUUGUGUUCCAUAAUACUACUGCUUAGAAUAUUCUGAACUGAUGCUUUUGUUAUACAAUUUUAACACUGUUAAUUAUUGUGCCACCAUCAUUGUUUAUGUGGACUUGUUUAUUAUAUUAUCACAUUCAUCACGUGUGAUGUAUACUUUAAUGGAAGUACUUUAAAAUUGCAAGCCACAGACGAAUAAAUUGAUGCUUAAUCAGAAAUAUUGCUGUUUCAACAGUAUCAUGAACAUGGUAAGAAUAUUCUGAAAAGAAUUAAAAAAAACCUGUACAUUUUAAAAUGUUGGAACUAAGAUUGAUGUUAUUUGUUUUCAAGAUUCAGCUUCUUUUAUUUUUUUGUUUUGUUUUUCUAAUUCAUAUGUCAUAGUAUGUUGCAGUGCAUUAGGAGAGAGCACCAUUAGGAGGCUACAAUUAAUUGAAUUUAUGGAGGCUAUUUUCAGCUUCUUUUCUUCUGAUUUAUGCAGAAAUAAUUUCUUCUGCUUAAUAUUAAGGCACAGACAAUAAAACUUACUUUUUAUUGUUAUUUUUCUUCGGUCCUCUAGUUUUCCGAGUGUGCCAGUGCAAUUUGAUAUGUAUUGAAAAUGUACAAAGUGUGUGUGUAUGUGUAUUUUUGGUGAGUCCUGAUACACUUGUGUUUCUAAGGUGAAAACCAGAUUGUUUGGUAUGGAAAGUGUACUCUGAAAGUUUAUAUUAACUGAUGAUAGAACUGUAUAUGAAGCCAAUUCAUUUAUAUCUCUACUUAGUAGCUGAGGCACAUAGUAAAAGAGCUGCAAGCUCUUCUGUGAAAUAUCAUUUGAGUAUCAGUAGCAUUAUGUACUGAAUAUCUUUGAAGAAAAUCUAUAUUUUAUUCUGCAAAUAUACUGUUCUCUUUAUUGAUACUGUUUAAGAGUUACCUAUUAAAUAAGUCAGCAGGUAAUAUGUAAUGUAUAAGAUUUAUUUAGCUUUUGUUCACAGAGAUAAAAUUCCAUAUGUGCUGAAAUGGCUUUAGUAAUUGUAAUUUAUUGGAGAAUUAAUAUAGUACUGUGUUUAGCCUUAAAGUUUCUCAAAAUGUUUGGUUGAUUGUAACCCUCUUCAUUGUGCAGAACCUCUGUAUUUCAUACAAUAAAAGUAAGGCAUUACUGAAUUAUUUAGAAAAAAAUGUGUGUGCACAAAUUAA